GUUUUUUGCGUUUAUUAUUGUUAAAUUUUCCUUAGAAAAAACUGUAAUUUUCUUUUAAAAGACCUUAAAAAUAUAAAAAAAGUAACUUUUGAAGUUUUUCCAGUGAAAAACAAAAAGUGUCAGUACAAAAUUCCAUUGCAAACCUGUUGAAAACAAUUUCUAUAAAUUUUGAGGUUCAGUGAAGUUUUUGUCAAUUGAAUUUUUCUGCGAAAAAGCGGUGAAAAUUAAGAAAAUUUAGGUGAAAAGGCUGAUAAUCAGUGAACCAAGUAAACAGCUUUUUGUGUAAACAAAUCCAGGGAGGAGAGUGAGAGAUUUGCGCGAGAAAUCCGUGAUAUCGGUCUGCGCAACACUCACACUGCCACAGGAACGGGGAAAGACAAAAAGUGCCCCCGUGAACAUGUUUGUGAACACGGACCGACACACGUUCACUUCGCAACAAAUCGGUUUGUGUGCUCGGGAGGAGGUUUUUCGUCGCGCAAAAGAACUCUGUGGGCGACUGGACAGUUCAAUCUCAAUCUCAAGUAAUUUUCAUCCUCAACACGUCACCAUGGACAGGUACAGGCUGAUGGAGUCACACGUGAAGAUCUCCGAGCAACUGAUAAAACUGGUAAAGCCACAUCCGGAGCUCUAUGACAUGAAUUCGCAUCUGUACAACGACAGAGCCCACAUCGAUGGCCUCUGGGCACAAAUCUCCAAUGUCAUGCAGCUGUCCAUCCCAGAAGUCAGGACAAAGUGGAACUCCCUGAGGAGUCAAUUUAUGAGAGCUUUGAAGCACGAGAGGAUGCCUUUUGGGGCUUCCGGACGUCGCAGGAAGAAGUGGUACAUGAUGGAUUCCCUGAACUUCCUUCGAGGUGUCCUCACACUUCCAGAAAACGCAGAGAUAUCAAGCGACAAGUCCCUCCCGGAUGCAGGAGGAAUGAAGAGGCUACCGUCCUACCCUGAAAUCCCACUCGUGGUGAUGAAGCAAGAAUCCCAGAGUGGCGAGAGCGAUGGGGAAGUUGAGGAAGUGUCAGUGGAGAAGAAAAGCAGACUCUGUGCUGAAGAUACAGAAACUCCCGGAAAAUUCGGAGAGAAAUCCUUCCCUGAGGAUUCCUAUGCCUCAACAUGUCUCUUCGACGAGGCAGCCGGACACUCCAGUGGCGUGCCACAAGUCGGAAACUACGAUCAACUGUUUUUCCAGAGUCUCGAUGAGGACAUCAAGAAACUGGCUCCACAUCGACGUCGACGCCUCAAGGAGAUCUUCCUGCAGACCCUGAACAAUCUCCUGGAUCAGCAGGAGAUGGAGCAGGAACGGAAUUCCGUGGCCAGGGUGUGUCAGAGCCAGAGGGCUCCAAAUUGAAGCGGAAUCCUCUCAAAUGUCGCCCUUUUACCGUUUAAAUGUCGUGAGUGGCUCUGAAAGCCUCGUCGUUUUGUGAUUUCAAGGUAAGAUCUUCACUUACAUUUACCAUCUUUGUUAAUUCCUGGACUCUAGAAGCCUAGGAAAACAGUCCGGGUGUCCUAAUCACAGAGGGAAAUUAGUAAAACUAGUGGUAAGCUUAUUUGAGCUUAUGGGAGCUGUGAUUCUUUCAUUGAAGUUUGUGAACCAUCUUCCGGAACUCGAAAAAAAUAUUGUAGAUGGGCCUAUAAUUCCCUUGGAACGUUUUGGAGAGAAAAGCUACCUAUCCAGAUAGUUUCCCUUGAAAUUCUAGAUUUUUUUUAAGGUAAAAAGUUCAUUAGGAUUUUGAGGUUAUGGGGGUUACGGUGAACAUAACCUUAAAAAAGUUUUUGCUCUUUUUAAGCAAAAUUUAUCCAUUUCAGAGGGAAUUGGAGCAAUUUAAAGCCUAAUUUUUAUCUUUUUGGGCAAGACAUAUUUAUUUUUUUAAGCCUCAACACGAUUAAUAAUAAUAAUCUUUAAAAAUUUAAAAACACUUCAUUCUAACCUUAUGCCCUAAACACACUUACGACUUAAUCCGAAAGACGACUUAGUGGAAAAUUAUGGAAAUGCAGUUUAAUCAUUAUUUUGAAUAUAAUUACGCUAAGCUAUCUCUCGGCUAAUCCUCAAGUCUGCCGAGGCCCUUGCAAUACCUUUGAUCUUUUAAUUUUAAUUUAUAAGAACCAAAAUUUGAACCAGUUCACAGAGAUUUAUCUGAGGAUUUAUGCACAGGGGUAGAUAUUCUCUACUUAUUUUUUUAUUUAAACUUUGUUGAUUUGAACAAGCAGAAAAAUAGUCAUAAUUUUGAGGUUAUGGUGAAUAUAACCUUAAAAAACAUAAUGAAAAUUCAAGUAAUAAUGAGAAUUCUUCGGACUCAAGCAAUUAUUUUUGAAAUCAUUUAUGUUUUGUGUGGGAAAUGGAGCAACUUAAAGUCCUCUUUUUAUUUGUUUUUGAAAGUAUUGCAUUCUAACCUUAAAAUAUUUUAAUUUAUUGGGCCUAAAUAUUCUCUUGCAACGAAUGCACACAGAUUUAUCUGUGGAUUUAUGCACAGGAUAUUCCAAACUUACAGUCGAGUUCCUCAAAUUUUAACUCCUCAAAUUUAAACGACGACGGUUGAAUUCAAAAGUGCAAAAUUUGAGGUUAUAUGAAGAAAGUUUUGCGUCAAAUUUGAAUAAGAACCAUUUUUCUCUGGUGUUUCCUCAAUAUUAUUGUAUUAUAUUAGCUUCCGCAACAAAUUCCAUUAAUUUCACAACAAAUUACAUUGAUAAUAUUCUCUAAAGUUAUUUCACAUAAAAAGUAAGGUAUUUCACAUAAAAAGGAAAGUGCAUUUCACAUAAAUUCCGUUACGUUUUUGAAAAUAUUGUUCAAAUUUGAGGUGUGGGAAAUGUCAUCUAUACCCUCCAAAUGUUCAAAUUUGAGGAACUCUACUGCAAUUGUAGUUGGAAUUUAUAGAUUUCUAUUAUAAGUACAAAAAAUAGUUAGGAAUUUGAGGUUAUGGUGGACAUAACCUCACAGUUAUGAAAAUGGAAGAAAUGAUCAGAAUUCUUUAGACUUAAGCAAUUAUUUUUAAAUUUAUUUCUUAGUGUGGGAAAUGGUGGAACUGGUAGAACUCAAAGCUUUGUUUUUAUUCUAAAAUGCAUUAAUUCUAACCUUAUGAUAUUUUAAGUCUAAGUUAUUAGGCCUAAAUUGUCUUGAAAAAAAAUUAACUCAGAUUUAUCUGUGGACUUAUGCAGAUAAAUAUAUAUUUUCUACUUACUUCUACUUGAAAUUUAUGGAUUUCUAUUACAGGCUAAGAAAAAAAGUUAGGAAUGUGAGGUUAUGGUGAACAUAACCUUUAAAAAAAAAAGUCAUACAAAUGGAAAAAAUUAUGAGAAUUUCCCGGGCUUAAGGAAUUACUUUCACAAAAUAGCCCAUAAUCAGAGAAAAAUAGACCAUCUUGAAGUUUUUUUUUAAAUUCUAAAUUGCAUAAUUUUAACUCUACGAUAUAUUAAUUAAUUAGGCCUAAUUCUCUUGGAUCGAAUUGACACAGAUUUAUCUGUGGACUAAUGCAGAGAGGUAGAUGUCCUCUGUUUAAUUUUCUUUGAACUCUCCCGAUUUUUAUUACAGGUAAAAAAAAAUUAAGGAUGUGAGGUUAUGUUAAAUAUAACCUUGAAAAAUACCCAAAUGGAAGAAAUAUCAGAAUUCUCCGAAGUGAAGCAACAAUUUUUAAAAUUUAUCCAUUUCAGAGGGAAAUGGAGUGACUUGAAGACUUCUUUUUAUCUUUAAGUUUGAAAGUAUUUCAUUCUAACCUUACAAUAUUUUAAUUUUUUGGGAUUGAAGUCCUUUGGAAAACAUUCACGUAGAUUUUUCUGCGGAUUUAUGCAGAAGGGUAGAUAUUCUGUGCAUAUUUUGAAUUCUACUUGAACAAUUCACUUUUAUUAAAUGUAAAAAAAAGUUAGAAAUGCAAGGUUAUGGUGAAUAUAACCCCAAAAAAAAGUUAAACAAAUUGACGAAAUACCAGAAUUCUCCGAACUUAAGGAAUUAUUUUUGUAAACUUAUCCAUUUCAGAAGAAAUGAAGCAUCUUCAAACUUUUUUAAAUUACUAAUUUGAUAAAGAAGUUAUCCUAAAAUUUGAGGUUAUGCAUCUCAUUGCGCUCUAUUUGUUGAAAUUGAAUUUGUAGCUCAUUUUUUCAUGGCUUCAAUAUUGAUCAAAAAUCUCAAUCAUUCAUUUACACUGCAGUUUAUAAGGUCGCACAUAUUUGAAUUUAAGGUUAAACUUAACAUAACCAAGUUUUCAGAUAAACCUUUUGGUUAAAUAAAAGAAUGCAGUCUUUUAGCAAAGUUUUUCUACUAAAGCCAAUUAUUGAAAUGAUUGAAAUCUGAGUUUUUUUUACGUUUUAAGUUAUAUGAAAAUGCUCAGUUAUUUCAAAAAUCAAAAAUUAACCUGAUUUUUCUCUAGAACAGUACGUCCUGACAGAAUAUAUUUCUGCAUUUCAAGAAAUCACUUACAAAAUCCCUCAGAGAAAUGGGAAAUUUAAGGUUAGAAUAAAACAAAUUAUUCUGUUAAAGGAUUGAAACGUAUUAGGGUCUUAUAAAGACAUUUUUGAGGUUAUAUACUAAUAAUAUUGGGUUUAAGUGUUAGUAGAAGUCUUCGAUCUCCUUAUAAAUAUCUCACAUAAAGGUGGCUGCUUCUGCUCUAUAAUGAACCUAAGUCAAUCGUUACAUAAAGCAAAUUUAAGGUUAUAUUUGACGUAACCUCGAAAAUUCAUAUUGUCACGGAAAUUUUACAACAGUUUCCAAGAUUUAUUACAAUUUUAGAACAAUUUAAACACGUAUGAAUUAAAAAAAAGACGAUCAUAAUUUUUGAUGAGUCUCUGUGUCUGAGAAACUUAACGAAUUUUAGCCACCGAAGUUCCAUUUCUAACUACAAACAAUGUAAAUCGUUUUUCUUAGUAUGGUUUUCAGUCAGGACAGUCAGGUAUUUUUUAGGCUAAAUUUAAUCUAAGCGAUGGUUAAACACAACAAUCUCUUCUUAGGUUUUUUAGGUUAUACUUAACAUAACCUCAAAUUCAAGGGACAAAUUAGGAUUUAUCGUGAAAUCGCGUGAUUUUGCGAUUUAUAAACCGAAAUCUCGAGAUCAUGCGAUUUAAGUACGUUCCACAGCCCGCUCCAAUGCCUUUUUAUUAAUAUCAUCCCUUUACUAAUUGUACAAACUCUUUUUAGUCGAAUAAGAGAAUAAAGACGAGUUACAAUUACAAUUGAAUGGUUUCACUUUUUUGAAGUUAAAGGGAUUUUCACCGAAAGAAUUUAGAUAGGGGAAUAGACUUUAACAGAUAUCUGCUAUUUGAUUAAGCUUUUACUGCAAAAGAAUUUUACGUUUAUAUUUUUUAAUUUUGGGCAGUUAUUGUAGCUUUUAGAUCUGCUCAAAAAUUUACAUUGAUAUCUUUCCUUGAAUUGUAAAUAUACAUAUAGUUGUAGAAAAAUUAAUAAUUUAUUCAUUAAAAGUACAAAAAAAAAAUUUGAUGAUUUACUAGUUACCUAAAUCGGUUUUGUUUGAAAUUAAAGUUAUUAAACUCGCUUCAGACAUAAGGUUUAUCCUCAUGGCCUAAUGGUUAAUGCCUCAAUAAGCAAGAUUUUUGCCAAAACCUUGAUUUAUGAUUUUUUUAAAAGCAAAGACUUUGAAAAAUCACAACGUUUGGCUGCUUAGAAAUUCUGGACUUUGUGAAACUGAGCUAAAACUAAGGCUGAACCUCCAGUCUGAAGACCGCUUUACACGGAACGUUAAAACAAUAUUUUAAAGUGUUAUAUUUCGAAAACGGAUUGUUGGAUUUUCGAGUAUAGAAGCAUAUUUGAAAGGUUUCAAGAAGGCCUUACAGCAAAGGUGUUUGAAUUGAAUUUCAAUGAGUAUUUUGGCCUUGAAAUCAAUAUUCCAAAUUUUUAAUACAAUAUAAAACCGAAUAAAACCGUUUUAGUAGAUUUUUGUGAUUGCUCAUAAUGGGGUUAUAAUGAAUUCGGUCGUAAAUGGUUCACUGAUUUUCAUCACAAAAAAAAAACUGGGAUUAUGAAGGAAUCACAGCUAAUUGAUGGGAAACUUUAAUAUGUGAAUUUAUCGACAUUAUACAUUCUAGUUAGAAAGCCCAAAAGUCUAGGGUUUUAGGAUUUAAGAAUGACUACAUAAAGCUAUUGUAAUUGCAAAUACAGAAAAAUAUAAUCAAAUAAAUGUGGA